AUGAUUUCUGCGCAUCAUUGUCGGGUCGAGACCUCACUCGACGAUGAGCUGAAACGAUUCUGGGAGGUCGAGGAGGUUCCGCAAACUGUAUUGCCAGCGCCUGAUGACGAUCAUUGCGAGGGACAUUUCGUCUCGACGCAUUCGCGGACAUCCGAGGAUCGAUACGUUGUCCGUUUGCCGUUUCGCAGCGGACCGUCGAUCAAUGUCGGAUCCUCGCGCUCGCGCGCCGUACGGUGUCUUGCCGCACUUACGCGUCGUUUACUAACAAAGCCGGAACAAAGGCGAGCAUAUGACGAGUUUUUGCGCGAAUACGAACUCCUCGGACAUAUGAGACGCGCUCUUCGAACGGCUAUUUCGAACGCGUCUUCGCAAGCCGUCUACAUUCCACAUCACCCAGUUUUUCGUGCUCAUAGCACUACGACGAAAUUGCGUGUUGUGUUUAACGCCUCGAGUCCGACGACUAACGGCACGAGUUUGAACGACCAUUUGGUAGCUGGGCCGAAGCUGCAGACCGACUUAUCGUCCGUAUUACUACGAUGGCGCAACUUCAAAUACGUGUGUUCGGCAGACGUCGAGAAAAUGUAUCGACAAAUUCAAAUCGAUUCUCGCGAUCUCAAUUAUCAGCGGAUCUUGUGGCGACCGGCGCCUGACGAUGAGCCGCGCGAAUAUCAUCUUAUGACAAUCACUUACGGCAUGUCCUGUGUUCCGUUCCUCGCGUUGCGAGUCCUUCGACAGUUGAUGAUGGAUGACAGGAACGAUUUUCCUCUCGCCGCUCCACUCUUGCAAAACAACAUUUACGUCGACGAUGUAUUAUUCGGGAGCGACGACAUCGAAAAGACGAUCGAGAUCCGGAAUCAGCUCACCGCGUUGCUUCGACGAGGCGGCUUCGAGCUUCGAAAGUGGUCCGGAAAUUCAGCGACGCUUCUCGCGGAUCUCGAUGAGGCGAAUCAUGGGCUUGCGUGCACAAGAACACUCGCGGCCGAUGAGCGCGUUAAAAUUCUCGGCAUCGAUUGGACGCCAGUGGGCGACGACUUUCAGGUCAGUGUCUCGUUGCCGGCUUGCAUCCCCGAGAGCAAACGCUCUAUUCUAUCGACGAUCGCCAAACUUUACGUUCCACUCGGAUGGGUCACUCCGGUCACGAUUAGCGCCAAGAUCUUUAUGCAGCACUUGUAG